AAUAACACACCCAAUCCCAGCUGCCAUUGCCAGCCCUAAAGCUGCAAAAUAAGGUGCAGGAUUAGAAGCAACUCCCACCAAACCCACCACCAAACUCAAUAAAAGAAGAUCAAGAAAAUAUAUCAUAAUUCUCACCAGGAUUUUAACCAGGACUAAUGACUUGAAAAACCACCGUUGUAAUUCAACUAUAAGAACUUAUGGUCAUCCGAAAAACACACCCCCUAUUCAAAAUUGUUAACGACGCAUUAAUUGAUCUCCCCGCCCCCUCCAAUAUUUCUGCAUGAUGAAAUUUUGGUUCUCUAUUACUACUUUGCCUAAUAAUACAAAUUAUAACAGGACUAUUCCUGGCCAUGCAUUACACAUCAGAUAUUUCAACUGCAUUUUCAUCCGUAGCCCACAUCUGCCGAGACGUAAACUACGGAUGAAUUAUCCGCAACCUUCACGCCAACGGAGCAUCCUUCUUCUUUAUCUGCAUUUAUCUGCAUAUCGGACGAGGAUUAUACUAUGGCUCCUAUUUAUAUAAAGAAACCUGAAAUAUUGGAGUAAUCUUAUUACUCCUUGUGAUAAUAACUGCAUUUGUUGGAUACGUCCUACCAUGAGGACAAAUAUCUUUCUGAGGAGCAACAGUCAUCACAAACCUCCUUUCAGCAGUGCCCUAUAUAGGAGAUAUACUAGUACAAUGAAUCUGAGGUGGCUUCUCAGUAGAUAAUGCAACACUAACACGAUUCUUUGCAUUUCACUUCUUACUCCCGUUUGCAGUUGUAGCAGCCACACUUCUACACGCCCUCUUCCUACAUGAAACCGGCUCAAAUAACCCACUAGGCCUAAACUCCGACGCAGACAAAAUUUCCUUCCAUCCAUACUUCUCCUAUAAAGACAUUCUAGGAUUCAUUCUUCUCUUAACAGCCCUCGCAUCUCUAGCACUUUUCUCACCCAAUCUACUAGGAGAUCCAGAAAACUUUACCCCAGCUAAUCCCUUGGUAACCCCUCCUCACAUCAAACCAGAAUGAUACUUUUUAUUUGCAUACGCUAUCCUACGCUCUAUUCCCAACAAACUAGGGGGAGUCCUUGCCCUACUAUUCUCUAUCCUAGUACUUAUAGUCGUACCCCUACUUCAUACAUCCAAACAACAAGGCCUCACCUUCCGUCCCAUCGCCCAAUUUAUAUUCUGAGUACUAGUAGCAGACGUAAUAAUCCUCACUUGAAUUGGAGGAAUACCAGUCGAAGAUCCAUUUAUCAUCAUCGGACAAAUUGCCUCCGUCCUAUACUUCUCAUUAUUCCUAAUUCUAAACCCUCUAACAGGCUGAUUAGAAAAUAAACUUCUAAACCUUCAAU